UGAGGCGACAACACGGAACACCUUUAGCUCUUCACCUGGAGUCAUAACGACCGCCGUGAUGCCGCCGGUGUUGACCGCGUCCAGCAGGAACUACGACUACGACUACGACACGGUGCAGCCUUACUUCUUCCUGGAUGGCGAGGAGGAGGUGGAGGACUUCUACCUGCCGGGACCCGGAGAAGACAUGUGGAAGAAGUUUGAGCUGCUGCCGACCCCCCCCGUGUCCCCGAGCCGGAGAGUCUCCCCGUCCGACGGCCAACACCUGGAAGAGGCGUCCCAACACCUGGAGGACCACGACCACCGCGACCCCUCCGCGGCCCUCCUCCUCCUCCAGUCCUUCGUCAUCCAGGACUGCAUGUGGAGCAGCAGCUUCGCCGCCGUCACCGAGCUGGAGAAGGUGGUGUCCGAGAGGCUGGCCUCGCUCCGGGCCCGUCGGGACUCCUCCUCCACCUCCUCACCUGAUGGUGGUCAGCAGCCGGGCGGCUCUCAGGUGAACCUGUACCUGCAGGACUUCCACCACACGGACUGCAUCGACCCCUCUGUGGUGCUUCCGUUCACCGCGGUGAAGAAGGAGACAGAACUGUGUCCGGACACACCGGCGCUCAGCAGCAGUGACAGUGAAUCAGAAGAAGAAGAAGAAGAAGAGAUCGACGUGGUGACGGUGAACAGGCGGAAGGCAUCCCGGCAGUCCGAUGCCGGCAGCAGAGCGACCUCCCCCUCCCUCUCCUCCUCCCCCUCUUCCUCCUCCUCCUCGUCCUCGUUGGUCCUGAAACGUUCUCACGUAAACAUCCAUCAGCACGACUACGCCGCCCAGCAGCCCGCCGGGAAACGUUCAAAGCCGGAGAGCAGCAGCCCGGCGCUGAGGAAGAGCGGCGGCGGUGUCGUCGGUGGAGGCCGGCGGCGCUCUAACCCUCGGCCCGACGGAGAGGACGACCGGGACAAGCGGCGGACUCACAACGUGCUGGAGAGGCAGCGCAGGAACGAGCUGAAGAGGAGCUUCUCCGCUCUCAGGGAUCAGAUCCCGACGGUCGCCGACAACCACCGAGCCGCCAAAGUGUGGAUCCUGAAGGAGGCGACGCAGUUCGUCCACGAGGUCCGAGAGGACGAGAGGAGGCUGCUGACGAGGAAGGAGGAGCUGAGGAAGAGGAGCGAGGAGCUCAGACACAGACUGGAGCAGCUGAGGACUUUACGUUAACGUUUAUUUUAUGUCACGUUCAUCACGUCAGAAACUGACUCCAGAACGCCAAGACUGCAACUUACAUCUUCUAUCAUUAACUAUUUAAUUCAUAAAUAAUAGAACUACAAGGACCAUAAUUCACAAUCUGUCAAACUGUGUUUGUUUGUAUUUAUUCUAUUUUUAUCUGAUAAUGAUCACAGUGAUCAAUACUUGUAUUAUUAUCGUUUCAGUUGAUUUUAAAUCAAUACUUUGGCUCUGUUAUUGUUUAUUCUUUCAUUCUUUCAUUGUUUUUAUUUAAUUUUUUUAAACAGUUUAUUUUUAUAUAUUUUUCACGAGAGGAAGUACCUCUAGCCACUUUCAAAAUAAAAGCCCUUCAGACAUCAGUGUGAGU